UCAUCGAGCAAGAAACGGAGCAGAAUGUUCUCACAGCUGCAGAAGGUUGUGUGGAUUUCAGUGUUAUUGGGGGUGUGUGGAGUCCACAGGUUCACUUUUGGGAAGGACAUGAAAUCACCGAACGGAAGGUCCAAGCCCUUGUCGCCCUCAGACUUUCUGGACAAGCUUAUGGGAAAGACGUCAGGCUACGAUGCUCGCAUCAGGCCCAACUUUAAAGGGCCUCCUGUCAACGUCACCUGCAACAUCUUCAUCAACAGCUUUGGCUCGGUCACAGAGACCACUAUGGACUACCGCUUGAACGUGUUCUUGCGCCAGCAGUGGAACGACCCUCGUCUGGCGUAUAAAGAGUACCCUGAUGACUCGCUUGAUCUGGACCCGUCCAUGCUGGACUCCAUCUGGAAACCCGACCUGUUCUUCGCCAACGAGAAAGGCGCCAACUUCCACGAGGUCACCACCGACAACAAGCUGCUGAGGAUCUUCCAAAACGGCAAUGUCCUCUACAGCAUCCGGUUGACUCUGAUUCUGUCUUGUCCAAUGGAUCUAAAGAACUUCCCCAUGGACAUUCAGACCUGCACCAUGCAGCUAGAGAGCUUUGGUUACACCAUGAACGAUCUGAUUUUCCAGUGGCUGGAUAAAGGUCCUGUGCAGGUGGCCGAUGAUUUAACGAUGCCGCAGUUUGUGCUGAAAGAGGAGAAGGACCUGGGAUACUGCACCAAGCACUACAACACCGGUAAGUUCACCUGCAUCGAGGUGAAGUUCCACCUGCAGAGGCAGAUGGGAUAUUAUCUCAUCCAGAUGUACAUUCCCAGCCUGCUGACGGUCAUCCUGUCCUGGGUUUCAUUCUGGAUCAACAUGGACGCCGCUCCUGCUCGCGUCGGCCUCGGUAUCACCACUGUCCUCACCAUGACAACGCAGAGCUCCGGCUCCAGGGCUUCGCUGCCCAAGGUGUCCUAUGUGAAGGCGAUAGAUAUCUGGAUGGCUGUGUGUUUGCUGUUUGUCUUUGCCGCGUUGUUGGAGUACGCCGCGGUGAACUUUGUCUCUCGGCAGCACAAAGAGUUCUUCAGACUCAGGAGGCGACUGCAGGAAGAGCAACGGCAAAGAGCCGCUUCAGGUCAGUUUGAUGGAGCUGAGAAAACCAAGAGCAAUGAUAUUACAGUCGGCACGACGUCCUACAGGAACACAAAACAAUGCAGUGCUUGUGUACAGGAGUUAGCGCAACACCACCAGGAUUACUUCAUGUCCAACUUCGGCUUGGACGUCCACCUGUCCGGAGACGGUCCCCUCUCUGAGGCGGCGGCCAUGUUCGCCGCUCUUCCUCCAGGUCACUCGAUGUUCCAGAUCCGCCGCCGUUUCAUUGACCGCGCCAAACGAAUCGACACCGUCUCGCGCGCUCUCUUUCCCCUUACCUUCCUCAUCUUCAACGUCUUCUACUGGCUCACCUACAAAGUUCUGCGUAACGAGGAUUUCCACUCCGCCCUGUGAACGCUGUGGACUGAAGGACACCGCUCCAGCGCUUUCACAUCACCGUCAUGGACGGUUCACUGAACAGACUGAAUCAGUCAGCGAAGUGGAAAUUAGCAAGCAUCGUGUUUGGCUCCCGUGUAGCUUCCUGUAGCUUAUCUCACAACCUUACGUUCCUGCCUGUAACCUAACCUUAAGUUCACACCAGCAGGUCACAAGUCGUUCAUGCGCUUGUACAUUGUCUUUCACUAAGCAAUGGAGUAAGCUAAUUUAUGUACGCUUAUAAAUUUACGCACUCAUCAGCAUUGUUUAGUUAGCAAGGAAAGCAUUCUGUGAUAGCUACGUGCACUUCCUUUUCAUGCUUCUUCAUGAUGUUUCUGUACAUAUUUGUACAAUGAUCGAUUGUAAAUGAUUUUCCGUUUUAUUUUUUUUUAUUUUGUAUCAGACACAGCAAAGAUCAAAAGUCAGUUAUCAACCCGAGUCUCCUGCCUAGUGUCUUGAAAACUAUGUACACUUACCCAGAAGGCAUUGCAAUCCAGCGCAACAUGAA